AUGAAAGCUGGCUCAAUUCCUUAUUUCGACAUAUCCUUGCGUUUCCAUUCGUCUUCUCCACCGUCUUCUUCCUCCUGUGACACAUGCAGUUUACGUUUCCUUACAACGAUACCACUUGAGUUUGAAUUGAAUCUCGACAACCGAAACUGGCAGUCUUGCCGGCCUUGGCAGAAGAUCCAGUUUACCGUCGUUCUUUUGGCUCCGUCGCUUCAUUGCGUCUCUGUGUUCAGGCCGAAUCGUCACUCAUCGUGGAUGUGCACCUAUUCUGCAUAUCUACCAGAUCGGCCACUUGAACGUACGACAAUUCCAGCCUGA